AUGGAUGCUCCUAAUUCAUUGAAGAAGGGCAUGACACCAGACAUGGACUGUCAGAAGAUCGUACGGCGGAAACUUCCACCAUUUCAGAGAUAUAUUUUGUCCGUUAAAGUCAUUAUCAUGCGUUCCCUUAGCUUGCAGGUGAAGCAGCCGGGGAAGAAGAUGGCGAGACCAGGAAACGGCAUUGUGUUCCCAGUUCUUGCCUUUGCUCUCCUCAUCCUGGUCAUGUACUUAACCUUCGGCGCCAUCGAAUUCUGGCCUGGUCACGCGCAGCACAAGGCGAGGUUUGUGGAGAGGAAUGGCAGCCAGUUCACGGAGGAAGGCAGGGCGUUCUACGUCAACGGGUGGAACUCCUACUGGCUGAUGGAUCAAGCAGUGGAGGAGUCGGGCAGAGAAAGAGUAACAGAGGUUUUCCGCGCUGCUGCGACAAUGGGGCUCACCGUGUGCAGGACCUGGGCCUUCAACGAUGGCGCCUACCAUGCUCUCCAGACCUCCCUCGGCGUCUUCGAUGAGAAGGUCUUCCGGGCACUGGAUUGGGUGAUUGUGGAAGCGCAGAGGCAUGGCGUCAGGUUGCUGCUCAGCCUGGUGAACAAUCUUGAAAACUAUGGCGGGAAGACACAGUAUGUGAAAUGGGCUUGGGAGGAAGGAUUGGGGUCGAGUUCUUACGAUGAUUCUUUCUUCUCUGAUCCCUCCGUUCGCAGUUACUUCAAGACCUACCUCAAGACAAUAUUGACGAGGAAGAAUCACUUGACUGGAAUCGAGUACAGAGAUGAUCCGACAAUUUUCGCGUGGGAGCUGAUGAACGAGCCACAGUGUCGCUCUGAUGUAUCCGGCGACGUUCUUCAGGCAUGGAUUGAGGAGAUGGCGGAGCAUGUGAAGGCGAUCGACGAGAAGCACUUGUUGACGGUCGGGUUGGAGGGGUUCUAUGGGUCUGCGAACUCGCCGGAGAAGGAAGAUAUCAACCCCGGGAAAUGGUACGGCAAGCUUGGCUCUGAUUUCCUGCGCAAUUCCAGGACUCCCUCCAUUGAUUUCGCCUCAGUCCAUAUCUACCCUGAUCAUUGGUUGUCGCAAGCGAAUUUGAGCGAGAAAAUGAGCUAUACCUCCAAAUGGGUGGCUUCGCACAUCGAAGAUGGCAAAAGGGAGCUGAACAAACCCAUCUUGUUCGCUGAAUUCGGCCUCUCCAACAAGGUCGAGGGCUUUGAAGACUCCCACCGGAUCAUGUUCUACAGGUCCAUAUUCGACGCCGUCUACGACUCUGCAACCAAGAACGGGGCCGGCGCCGGUGCGCUGGUCUGGCAGUUCUUGGUCGGCGGAAUGGGGAAGUACAACGAUGAGUUCGGGAUCGUCCCUGGGGAAUUCCCGGCGAUCGACGAGCUGAUGAAGGAGCAGUCGUGCCGGCUGUUGGCGCUGCGACAGGGCAAGGACUCGGCACAAAGAACAUUUGCAGAUUGCUGA